AUGGCUCACGAAGAAGAAGAAGUGCCUGAAGGGAUCGUCCAAUACCCAUUGGACUCACACUACUACGAGAUUCUUGAUGUAGUUGGUGUUGGUGCUAGCGCUAUUGUUUACAAGGCGGUCUGCCUGCCCAUGAACUCCACGGUGGUGGCAAUCAAAGUCAUCGAUCUUGAUCAAUCAUGGCGGUGGCAAUCAAACCCACCGCCUCUGUCCCACCCAAAUAUCCUCAGCGCUCACUGUUCCUUCUCAGUUGAUCAACGCGUUUGGGUGGUGAUGCCAUUCAUGUCCGCCGGUUCUUUACGAUGCAUAAUGCCUUAUUCCUUCCCAGACGGCCUACCCGAGCCCUGCAUUGCCAUAAUUCUCAAAGAAACUCUAACCGCCUUGUCCUAUCUUCACACCCAACAACACCUUCACGAAGACAUCAAUGCCGGUAAAAUCCUCAUCGACUCAAAUGGGUCGGUGAAGCUUGCAUACUUUGGAGAGUCGCCAUCAAUCCUAGAGUCUUUCAAAACUCCUCAAGCGGACGCUCCCUAUUGGCUGGCCCCAGAGGUGAUACACUCACAACAGGGGUACGGUAUGAAGGCUGAUAUAUGGUCCAUUGGGAUCACUGCAUUAGAAUUGGCCCAUGGACGCCUUCCUCUGUCUCGCCCCCCUCUUUCAAAGCUCAAAAAUCUCUCCAAGCCUUUCAGAGACGUGCUGGUUUCGUGUCUCCAGCAAGACCCAUCAAAGAGGCCCUCGGCAGAGACAUUGUUGAAGCAUCCCGUCUUCAAGAAUUGCGGGGGUUCGGAUUUUCUUGUAGAGAAUGUCUUGCAGGGGCUGCCCAGUGUUGAAGAAAGGUUCAAGCAGUUGAAGACAAAUAACAAUGGUGACGAUGAGAUAAGGGUCUGUGGGUUGAGCUUCAAAGAGGACGGGUUGAAACUCGACCCAGUGUACCCAACCGAGUCCACGGACGAUUCAGCUGUGAAACAAGUCCGGUUUGGCGGUGAAUCUGUGACAAUUGAAGACGAUGGAGGUGAGUCUGGCGAGUUGAGUCCGAGUUCACCUGGUCAGGUUGUGGAAGAGGCGGCCCAAGUGGGAUGUUAUAGUGGUGGGGAAGCGGUGCCGGUGGAUCUGGUUUCGAUGAAGAGGAGCUUGGAGGAGAUGGCUCAGCUUAUUGAGUGGCAGAAGGCUGAGUUGGAGAGUGUGAAAGAGAGGAAGUUGAAGUUGAAGGUGGAGUUGAGUAAGUUGGAGGAGGAGUUGAGUCUUCUCAAGCUUCAAAUUUCUGAUGAGUUGAGCCAUCUCAAGCUCACAUGA